AUGUGUGGUAGGUUUGCCUUAGCUUACGAUAGCGGAGAUUUGCCGCAACUUCUAAGAGAUUGGAACUUACCGGUUAAUACACCCAAGGACGCCUCAUCGAACAGCCAGCAUCCACAUGACGAGGAAGACACCAAAGAUCAGCCUACCGUUAGUAAGGAUAUCUUCAAGGCCUCUUACAAUAUUUCCCCUACAAACUACUCUGCGGUAUAUCGUCCUGAUACUAAAGCAAUACAAUUUAUGAGAUGGGGCCUUGUACCAUUCUGGACCAAGGACGUUUCACAAUUCAAGACCUAUCGUACCUUUAAUGCCCGUUUAGAGAAUUUACAAGAGAGCAAAAUGUGGAUGAGACCCUGUGAGAAGAAAAGGUGUGCUGUGCUUAUGAGCGGAUAUUUUGAAUGGAAAACCGUAGGGAAAAAGAAGACGCCUUAUUUCAUUUCUAGACGAGACGGCAGAUUGAUGUUUGUAGCAGGAAUGUAUGAUUACGUCGAAAAGGAUGAUUUAUAUACGUUCACCAUAAUAACUGCACAAGGCCCCAGAGAGUUAGAAUGGCUCCACGAAAGAAUGCCUUGCGUGCUGGAACCAGGCACCGAAAGUUGGGAUGCAUGGAUGGAUGUGGAUAAAACGACAUGGAGCACUGAAGAACUGGUAAAGCUGCUGAAGCCGGACUACGAUGAAUCAAAGUUACAAUUCUAUCAAGUUACCGAUGAUGUGGGGAAGACUACCAACACCGGAGAGCGGCUGAUAAAACCGCUUUUGAAAGAGGAUUCGGACAUGUUCAGCGUAAAGAGAGAAAAAGAAGAAGCCUUGCUAGAAAAUGAUAACGAACAAGGUAUUGAUAAUCGAGGUGUAAAGGGUGACAAAUCGUUGAAAGGCGAAGAUGUUUUUAAUCAAAAGAAAAGCCUCAAAAGGAAUUCCUAUGAUGGAUUAAAAAAGAAUGAAGAACAAGAGGAAACAACUUUACCAGAGGAAGGAAGUAUAGGUGACCGAGUGAAGAGAGAAGAAGCUAAUUUGUCACCCAAAAGAGAGGGAAACAGAGAGAAGAGAAAUAUAGUAAAUAUGUUGGGAAACCAGAAAGACUCCAGAGGCAAGAAAAAAAUAAAAAAAUGA